AUGUCAUCAUUAUCAUUAGAAUUCACAACAUUAACAACCGAUUUAAAAUAUCUUAUAGAAAAUUUUUCAAAUUACGUUCAAAUAAACGAUAAAUUUUAUUUAACAAUAGCGUCAAUUUCAUUCAAUCCAAUUUUCUGGAAUAUAGUAGCACGAGCAGAAUAUAAUACUCAUUUUAUAACAAAAUUAGUAGGAUCACCUAAAUAUGGUUGUUAUUUAUUAGCUAUUACUAUAUUCAGUUUAGGUAUUUUACGUGAUUCAAUUUAUCAUGAUUUAUUAAUUUCACAACCUACUUUCCAACCAUUAAUUGAUUCAUCAAUUAUAAAAGCAUUAGCUAUAUUGUUAUUUGGAUUUGGUAAUAUUUUAGUAAUUUCAUCAAUGUGGGCACUUGGAGUAACUGGAACUUAUUUAGGUGAUUAUUUUGGUAUAUUAAUGAAUGAAAGAGUUACUGGUUUCCCUUUUAAUAUUAAUGAUAAUCCAAUGUAUAAUGGAUCUACUUUAUGUUUUUUGGGUACUGCUUUAUGGUAUGGAAAACCAAUUGGAUUAGUUAUUAGUGGUUUUGUUUUUGUUAUGUAUAAAAUUGCUUUAUUGUUUGAAGAACCUUUUACUGCUAAGAUUUAUGCUAAUCGUGAUGCUGAAAAGAAAAAUAUAUAA